ACCCCGUUCAGUUCGCAGUCCGACGGCGAGCGUGUUGGUCGCCGCGUCCGCGAAAAGUCACCGCCUGCGAUCGUCUUUCGAAUGACAAACUCACAAGUCGUGUCGUAUAUUAUUACAUUAUAGUCAUCCGAAACACCCUAUCGGGUCAGGUGUACCGUGUACCGCAAACGUUUAUUUUAUUAUCGCAAUCAUAACAAAUCGUAAAUUAUUAGUAAAGUAUAUGAUAUAUUGUAUAUUGACCCAGUCGCGUUUUCGUUUCGCUGAUCACGAUCAGUAUAAAAUUAUAUUUUUAUAAUAGCUGUUAUAUUAUUUAUAAAAUACAGCGGUGGAUCAAACGUAUAGUGUAGCCGAUUUUGGUUUUUUGUUUUUUUUUGUUUUUUUAUCAUCCCAAAUGUCGUACGAUGACGUACUACAGCAAUUUUGGUAGUGGCGGCGUACACAAAACCACCGUCAAACACAACGGAGACGUGAUCGCUUGUCACAAGUGUGGCGGAUAUAAGGUGGUAAACCAUGUGGGCAGAAUGAGUCGGGGCCGAAGAAAAUUGUUGGUGUACGGGCUGGUCGUCGGCACGUUGCUGUUGCUGGCGUACAAGCUCCGCUCGUGUCCCGAACCCGAACCUCAAACAAUGUUCAUGAUGCCGAAAGACAAAUUCGUCACCGAUGAAAACAUGAAGAUCUACUCUUAUGACCGAAACAUGCCAUUAAUAUUCAUCGGUGGUGUGCCCAGAUCCGGCACUACGCUCAUGAGAGCCAUGUUGGACGCCCAUCCGGACGUCCGGUGUGGCCAGGAGACCCGGGUAGUUCCUAGAAUCCUGCAGAUGCGCAAUCACUGGUACAAGUCAUCCAAAGAAUCGCUUCGAUUGAAGGAAGCCGGUGUUUCUGAAGAAGUCAUAAACUCCGCAGUUGCUUCAUUCAUUCUCGAAGUAAUCGCCCGGCAUGGGGUACCGGCACCCCGACUGUGCAAUAAGGACCCACUGGCGCUUAAGUCCAUGGACUAUCUAAAAGUAUUGUUCCCCAACGCCAAGUACAUAUUCAUGGUACGCGAUGGCCGAGCUACCGUCCAUUCUAUCAUAUCGCGUAAAGUGACAAUCACUGGUUUUGACUUGAACAGCUAUAGACAGUGUCUGGAAAAAUGGGACGACGCUAUCAGCGUCAUGUACAAAAACUGCAACAAAGUCGGAUCUGGGUACUGUCUGAUGGUAUACUACGAACAAUUGGUGUUGAGACCUCGGGCCACAUUAACCGAGAUACUCAACUUCUUGGACAUCCCGUGGAACGAGACGGUGCUCCACCACAAUGAGAUGAUCAACAAACCCGGUGGCAUCGCUCUAUCGAUGGUGGAACGUUCGUCCGACCAAGUGGUUAGGCCGCUGUACCAAGAAGCAUUGACCAAAUGGGUUGGCCAGAUACCCGACGACGUGGUUAACGAUAUGGCAAACAUCGCACCUAUGCUAAGCACACUCGGGUACGACCCGGCCGCCAAUCCGCCCACGUACGGCAUCCCGGAAGACACCGCCGGAUCGGAACGUCAGUACGACACGAAUGCCAGCGGAGAUAAUACGAAACAACACACCACCACGCGGAGGAGGUAGUCGAAAUACAAUACAUAUAUUAUACAUAAUUUUUUUUUUUGUUUUUUUUUUUUAAAUCGUUUCACACUUCUUAUUAUUAUAAUCGUUUAAAUUUUGUGUACAAUGUACAUAGGUACCUACUUUAAUAUGAUAAUAUUAUACGAGUAUACUUGAACAAAAUAAAAUUUUAAUUUUGUAUUAAUAAUUACUGAACGGUUUGUCGAACGUGUGUACAUAUAGUUGGUAUUAAAUAAAUAUAAUAUAUAUAUAUAUAUAUACAUGUAUGAUGAUAAUAUAUGUAUGUUUGUAUGUAUUUGUUCUACUUAUAUUAUUACGAUGAUGUUGGGUAUUAUAAAUAUAUACCUAGUUAAUAUAAUGUUUGUACGUUAUUAUUAUUAUUAUUAUUAUUAUUACUAUUGUACUAUUGUUCGCGUUUUUUUUUAAAUAUUUUUUUAUAUAUACAUAAAUAUUAUAUUUUAUUAUUACUUUCCUUUUUGUACUUAGAUAUUGUUUACACUAAUUACGAGUGAGAGAGUUCUUGUCGAUAUUUAUAAUUAUUAAUUACUGUUUUUUUUUUUUUACAUUAUUGUUAUGAAACGACAAUCUCAUUAAUGUAUUCGAUUUAAAAAAAAAAUGAUAACUAGAUUUUUUUUCUUCAAAUAUAGCAAGACUUGUACAACUUAUAA